AUGAUCUUCUCGACGCUGCGUUUUGGCCGCGGUGUGACGCAGGAGAUUGGGCAUGAUCUGCGGACUCUCAAAGCGCGGAAAAUCCUGGUGGUCACGGAUCCGGUGGUGGCGAAUACGGUGGCCUUCGAACAAGUUCAUCAGUCUCUGAAGCGCCACGAGAUACCGUUCACCGUUUUUGACGAUGUGAAAGUGGAACCGUCGGAUGCCAGUCGUUCCCAAAUUCCCGAGCGUCCGAUGCUUCCAUUAAUCGCGGUGCCGACAACAGCAGGAACCGGAAGUGAGACGACAGGCGCGGCAAUCAUGGAUUUCCCAGAACACGGAUGCAAAAGCGGGAUCAGACUACGUUGUAUCAAGCCACUGCUGGCGCUUGUGGAUCCGUUAAACGUGGUGUCAAUGCCAAAAUACGUGGCCGUAUACUCGGGAUUUGAUGUGCUUUGCCAUGCACUUGAGAGCUACACAGCUUUACCAUAUAACGAGCGUGUUCCCCGGCCUCGUUCUCCCGCCGAGCGCCCGCUCUACCAGGGAUCGAACCCGAUAAUCUCGAAAUAUUUCCGCCGCUCCGUUUUUGACCCAAGCGAUGAGGAGGCGCGCACACAGAUGAUGCUCGCCGCCUCAUUUGCCGGAAUUGGUUUCGGAAAUGCCGGUGUUCAUAUUGCGCACGGUCUCAGCUAUCCGAUCAGCUCUCAAGGAAAGCGCUACACCGAUCCGGAUUACCCGAAGAAUUCCCCGCUUAUUCCACACGGCCUCUCCGUUGUGACAACUGCGGCUGCCGAUUUUGAAUUCACGGCCCAUGCCUGCCCAGAUCGCCAUCGCGAAGCAGCUAUUGCUUUAGGAGCCGAAAUUCCGAUCAGCGCCAAGCCCGAGACGAUCGGCAAGAUUCUUGCCGACGAGAUUCGUGGAUUCGCGCGCGAUUUUAAGACACCAAACGGCCUGACGGCGCUCGGCUUCGACGUGUCGGAUUGUGAGCGAUUGACGGAGGCUGCGAUCCACAGCGUCCCGAACAUUGCCGCUCACGCCGUAACAGUGUACCUCUUUGUCUUCAACCCGGAACGUGAAGAGGAUCGUCUCGUACUCGAUUUCCAUAAAAGGGCCACCACUGAAGAACUCAUCGAUAGAGUUCUGCAUAUGAGACAUGACCUUGUCGAGCAGACGGCCGACGAGAUGGAGCUGGUCGAGGUGAUGGGCACUCCGGAUGGCCAUACUUUUAAGGAGCGAAAACUGGAUGCUGGAGAAUACCCGGUGGCCGUGCAAUCGCUAUGGGGAGGACGAGCACUUUCUGAUGCUCAGGCGCCAAAGCAUCGAUUUGUGUUACGGCAUAAGGGAGUCCGUUCUGUGUCUCGUUUCGGAUCGGCUGAAGCUGCCUCGGCGAUUGAUGCUUUUUUGGCAAAAUUUUUGACGCAACCACAGGAUCGAGAAUACGCGGAUUUGUGCAAUUUGCCGGAGUUGACGGAACAGACGCUGCUGGAUAAUUUGAGAGACAGAUUCAACAGCGGCCACAUCUACACUUACAUUGGUCCAAUUUUAGUGGCCGUCAACCCGUUCAGCUUUUUCCCGAUUUACAACCCGAAAUACGCGAGGUUGUACUGUUCAUCGGCACUCGGAUCACUGCCACCUCACAUAUUCGCCAUUGCAGAUGUCACAUACCAUAAUAUGCUUCGAAUCAAGGAGAACCAAUGCGUCGUCAUUUCCGGAGAAAGUGGAUCAGGAAAAACGGAAUCGACGAAUUUUUUGCUCCAUCAUCUCACCACGCUCUCCCAAAAAGGAUCAACGGGGUGUUCGGUGGAGCAAACGUUACUAUCGGCUGGGCCGGUACUUGAGGCUUUCGGCAACGCUGUGACGGCGCAGAACAACAACAGCUCGCGGUUCGGCAAGUUCAUCAAGGUCAAUUAUCGAGAGAAUGGCAUGGUUUCUGGUGCCAACGUGGAAAUCUACCUUCUCGAAAAGUCGCGCAUCAUCUCCCAGGCCGUAGGCGAGAGGAACUACCACGUGUUCUACUAUCUAUUGGAGGGGGCGACUGAAGAGGAAAGGAAGGAAUUCUUCCUUAUGAAACCGGAUGACUAUAAUUAUUUGAACCAGGCGAUGCUGGCCGUUGGCUUCCCACCCACUACGCAACACACCCUACAAGCCAUUAUAUCGGCUGUACUGUUGCUGGGAAAUAUUAAAUAUAUUAAGCGCCAAGGCUACCACAGCGACGAGGCGGCCUAUAUCGAAAAUGAGGAGGUGGUGGGGUUGGUGGCGAAACUGUUGAAUAUCAGAGCCGAUCAUCUCUCCCAGGCCCUUACUAUGAAGCGCACGAUCACGAAGAAUGAUACCGUAAUCUCGAGGUAUAGCGUAUCGGAGGCUACAAAUACGCGAGAUGCCAUGGCCAAAUGCCUAUACAAUGCCCUUUUCCACUGGAUCGUCCUCCGCAUCAAUCAACAACUUCUCAGGGCCCAGUCACCCACGAAUGGAUAUUAUAUCGGAAUCCUGGAUAUAUUCGGGUUUGAAGACGUUGGAGGGCAAAAGAAUUCCUACGAGCAGCUCUGUAUUAAUUAUGCGAAUGAGCAUCUGCAGGCCUACUUUAAUCAACAUAUCUUUCAAUUUGAGCAGGAAGAAUACCUAAAAGAAGGCAUCAGCUGGACGAAUAUUGAAUAUACCGACAACACGGAAUGCCUCCAUUUAUUCCAAGCAAAACCGUACGGUAUUUUGCGGCUAAUCGAUGAGGAAUCCAAUAUUCACAACGGCACGGACCAAUCCAUGCUUGACAAGCUGAAUCAAUUCUUGAAGAACAACGAAUUCUACGAGAUGCCCCAAAAACGUGAGAAGGCCUUCAUCGUGGCCCACUAUGCCGGCAAGGUCAAGUACCAGAUUACGGGCUUCCGGGAAAAGAACAAAGAUUUGAUGCGCCACGACGUGCUGGUGACGCUGAAAAAUUCGAAAUAUGGCGUCGUACGCGAGUUGGUCGGCUCUGAUCCGGUGGCCGUGUAUAGAUGGACCCUCGUACGUUCCGUUUUCCGUGCUCUUCAAGCCUUCAAACAAGCGGCCCGUACAAUCCAGAGAAGCGAAAGUGCAGGCCAUCUAGGCGUACAGGACGAGGGAGUGGCUAGAGGGAGGAGGAGCAGCGAUUCACAAUUGUCCGCAUUUUUGCGUGGAGAAUUACGACUAUCAAUACCCGACUUUUGCGAUACGUCCGUGUUUGGGACGAUCACGUCGCAAGCUAGAAGGAGUAUGCUUCGGCCGCAAAAGGAAAGAUUGUCUACGCUUAAAAGUCUACAGAUUCUCCGCGAUGCGAUGGGUCGAAAGCGCGGGGUCACCUCACAAAAACCGACAUCCGUUUCGCGCCAAUUUGAAUACAGCUUGAUCCGUCUAAUGUCAACCCUCAGCUCGGCCACCCCAUAUUUCAUCAGAUGCAUUAAGAGCAACAACGAAAAGAUAGCAAACCACUUUGAUGAGGAUAUUAUCUUGCGACAACUGAGAUAUACGGGAAUGUUGGAGACGGUCAGGAUCAGAAGAGCCGGAUAUAGCGUCAGGAUUGAGUACGAGGCAUUCAUCAACCAAUAUCGUAUUUUACUACCCGGUGGCCUGGAUAGUCGUGUCGAAGAUGUUCAAACAUUCAUCAGAAAUCAUCCACAAAUUCAAGAAGAAAAUGUGCAGUAUGGAUUGACAAAGGUAUUCAUGAGAGAUGCGGAGAAAUUGAUUUUGGACGAGUUUCUGCAUAGAACAAUUAUGCAUCAUAUCGUCACGCUGCAACGGUGGUUCCGUACGGUCCUUGCCCGUAAGAAGUAUCUUCGUCUUCGUGCUGGUGUAGUUCGUAUUCAAGCUAUGUUCCGUGGGAUGCAACUAAGAAAUAAGCUACGUCAACAGAGCUAUGCUGCCAUGGUGAUACAGACGAAUUGGAGACGUUAUCGCGACGAGAUGCGCUACAAGCAGCUCCGAGCGACGAUCAUCGCACUGCAAGCUGCAUAUAGAGGAGCGGAGACAAGAAAGAGAAUCGGCGAUAUUCCCCGAAAAGGCUUCAACCGCUUCCACAUCACAAAAAUCCACACAUUUCAACUGCCGAAAUUCGACUUAACAAACCCGGCUUCGUUGGCUGAGUUUGCAACGUCUUCUGAUGAAUGCUCAUCGGAAGACGAAUCGGAUGACGGCCUCGAUUUGACACCGUCGGAAGGAGACGUUUUUGGCACUUUUCCGGACGAUAACGUGGAUCUGGACGUGGAGUUCACCUUUGAGGACACGAAACUGAAAUUGAUAGAGGAAGGCCCGGAAAACGCGUUUCACCGGCGGCAAAGCCUUGCCGCCACGGCGUCGACGUCAAAACUCAAGAUGUUGAGAAGAGCGGCGAGUACGGAGAGUGAUCAGAUUGCGAGGAAGGGCGAGACGUUACGAACUUUGGAUGAGGUCGGCUUUAAAGGGUUU